GCCGGGGUCUCCACUUGACCAGCCCCAGCCCCUAGCGAGUAGCAGCGGUCAGUUUUGUUGAAUAUAUAAACCAGGAGGGACAUAUCAUCUUCAGUUCAAAUACAACAUUUUAUAUCACAACAACAAGGAAAAAUGGUGACUUUUCUUAAAAAAGACGAUCUUUGGGAUCCUAUCUUCCGUCUUAUCCAGGAGUUGUCUGACAGCUACGAGACUGGAGAGGAGGAUGUUUACACUGCUGAUCUUAGUACUCUUCCUACAGAGCUGGGGGGACCUUGGUUCAACGCCACCAGCACCAAGAACAACAUCACGGUGGAAGAGGACAACCACAUCGAGGAGUGUAUCGAGGCCUUGGAGCUCGAGUCGUCCUUGCUAGAGCCUAUCAAGGUCGAGAACUUUCUUCAACCUGUAGAUGCUGUUGAUGCUUCUAAUAUUGAAGUGAUCAACGGAGAGGAAACUGCAGCAGCUAAAGAUCAGGAGAAGAGCAGCAAACCUGCUCCCAGCAGUAGUCGGCAGCGUGGUUCCAGGAGGCAGAAAGGACAGCUGUACGAGACUGUGAACAGGAACGGACUGUACUACCAGCUGUUAAAUCAGAGGACCAGGAACAUGAUCUCAGGGGAUUUGGAAGACUUCACCAGAUCAAGAAAGACAAAAAAAUAAAUGUUCAGUGUUUUUGUAAAUACUGUAAAUAGUCUUAAAUUUUGUGUGAAUAGCUCCCAUAGAAAAUUAAUAAAUUACAAAAAAAUUAAUUUUGC